AUGGAUGAGAUGCAUGAGGCCGCACUCGAGUAUGGUAUCAUUUUGAAGGAUCUUGCCGUGAUUGACCGACAAUUCAAGGGAGAAAUUGCAUCAACUAUGGAUAAGCUUACAACAAGGGCAUUACAGGCGCAGGUCGAGGCUGCGAAUGUCGACCGAGAAAAUUCGAAUAAAGUUAAACAGGAAGAAGGAGCUCUUGCUGUUGCUCGCAUCAAGGCCCAGAGCCGCAACACACAAGCCGAUUCUGAGGCAUAUAGCAUCAUUGCUGCUGCCAAAGCCCAGGCUGAGCGCACAAAGAUUGAAGCUCUUGCAGAAGCGGAAGCUAUCCGUCUCACCGCGGAGGCCGAAGCACAAGCGGUCAGUAUCAGGGCGACGACUGAUGCCAAGGUCACGGACCAAUUUGCACACGGAAUGGAGAUGCGUAGAGUGGAAGUAACGCGUGUUCAAGCGUUUGGAAACAAGACUGUCUUCGUGCCUACAGACGGGUUUUGGGUUUUGGCACUCAACACUCGGUGA